AGAACACAUCAUGGCGGAUGUCAGCAGACAGGACAUUGCAAAGGCCGAGAAAAGAGUGAUGAGCCCGACGGAUGCCAAGGAAGACAUGAUGCUGGUCCUAGGGCCUCAUAUGAACUGGCAGGAGAUGCUGUGCCCAGCUCCUCUGUCGGUGUGUCUUCUGGGUCAGUUGGUGCUCGUCACUCUGGACAAGGACGUCUCUCUGGUGUCAGAACACAUGGACAGAUCUGCCUUCAAAUAUACCAAGUACCCUGAUUCACUGAGGACAAGCAUAGUUCAGGUCGCCAACCAGGGAUGGACUUCCUUCAACUGUGCCAACAAGAACAUGGACCAGAUCCGUCUUCUUACCCUGCAGAUACCUCUCCAUGUCAAGAACGCUGUGAAGUUCAACCGGAAGCAGAAUUUGAUACAAGGUGAAGAGAGCAGAAUAGAGAGAAUUGAGAGGCGGAUGAAAGCAGUUCAGCCUCCACCUGGACCGACGAAUAGAAGUCAAGGAAGGAGAGAAGGCUAUCCAGAAGACCAAAGGAGACUGAAGGCAAAGCUGAAGGACAGGGAUGUCGAUGACUGGGUGUGA